AUCAGGGAUAAUUAAUCAGAGUCGCCAUGAGCUUACGUUUGGCUACGCGGCGCCUGACUGCUUCAGCCUCGCCGCUGAGCGCUUCGGUACAGACGGCAGCCGUCACACGAGUCGAUCAACGACGACAGAAAUGGUCAUUGAACCCGUUCAAAGGAUGGGGAAGCGGCAGCCGCGAUAAAGGUGCUGACGAUGUCACCUCAGAGCUCAACGACCCGAAAAAGCGCCAACAAUUCCUCCAACGAAACGCCCGCGGAGGCAAGAUCGAAGACAACAUCUUCCAGGAUGAAAUUGAGCAGAGCAGCACCAGUCAAGAAAACGUACAGUCCCAGCCUGACGAAAAGACUAAAGAGGCUCUUGCUAUGGUCUCCGACCCGGAUCCUCGCGGACGUAUGAGAUGGCAACGCAAAAAGGUGAUGCAAAUGGUCCGCAAGAACGGCGUCGUCACUCCUGAGGAGAAGAUCAAGAUGACGGAGCGACAGCUCCUGCACAAGAGUGAGUGGCUGCCAACAAGUACGAAGAAGCUUGUCAUGCUGGCAAGACAGAUUGCCGGCAAGCCGCUGGAUGAGGCUAUUACGCAGAUGAAAUGGUCCAAGAAACGCAUGGCCAUUGAAGUCAAGUACUACCUCGAGGAGGCUAGAGAUCUCGCCAUUGCUCGCAACGGUAUGGGACUUGGCAAGCUGAAUGGUGAGAUCCUGGACAAGCCUGUGAAGAUUCGCAAUAAGGACGGCAAGUGGAUGGAGAUUAGCGACCCUUCAAGGCUCUAUGUUGCCCAAUCCUGGGUCGGAAGAGGGCCCUGGCGCGGCAAGGAGAUUGAUUAUAAAGGCCGUGGACGCAUGGGUCUGAUUCAACAUCCUGCUACCAGCUUUACUAUUGUUCUCAAGGAAGAGCGUACUCGCAUCCGAGAGUACAAUGAGAGUAUAGCCAAGAAGGAGGCAAAGGGACCUUGGAUCCAUUUGCCCAACCGCCGCAUCAACGGUCAGCGCCCGUACUACUCGUGGUAGAGCGCCCAGGUACUGAGACGCAGCGUUGCGGGUGCUGCACACACGACGGCAAGAAAUCAUAGGUGCAGCAAUUUUUUGUAAUACUACUUGUACAUAUACAUCACUUAGCAUUCAAUCCAAAAGUUGAAAACUACUACUAAGCUUUAAAGAUUCCAUGGUGUAAUCAUCGUUGUUGCCAGGUGGCGUGGAAGAAACUGGAUAUCAAAUUGAAAGACACUAUCGCUACCUAUUUCGCAUCAAAAGAACAACACUUGACGCAGUUGUUCCGAUUGUUUUCUCACGAGAUCGCCCAGCAAAAGCCAGAGAAAAGAAAGAAGCAACGUCGACAAAGAUGUGCAGAGAAAAAUAUAAUACACAUAAAAGAGAAGCAAAAUGGCAAUACCGGACCACCUUCAGAAUCGCAUAAAAGAAGAAGAAGAAGCUGUGCUGCUUGACAGAGACAUUCCUUCUUUAGCCCUUUACACCAUUGUUCUUGGUUGCUGACCCUGUGCCAUGUCCUCGUAACGGUUAGAGGACAUUUCAAUAUCGUACUUGUCAAGCGAGUCUCUAUCAUUGUGGUUGUCGGGAUAGGUGCGGCCAGAUCCGGGCAAUGGCUUAGAAAUCUCCAUGGACUGGCGGGGCUUCUGCUGGGUCUUCUUGCGGUUCUUGUAAACACAAAAUCCCACAAUAGCAGCGCCUACAACAGCGGCAGCAAUACCGACUCCGAUACCAACUGAUGCAGCGUGGGAAAUGCCAGACGGAGUGGCAUCGGGAGCGGCAGCAGCAGAGGAGGUUUCGGCAGCAGCGUCAGACGUAGCGCUAGCUUGCUGAGAAACGGAGCUAGCAGAGGUUUGCAGAGUAGUUUGCGCAGUCUGGGAUAGCUGAACAGAGCUCGUCGUGGACACACUAGCAGGUGCAGCGGACGUGCUGGCGGGAGCAGGGGCCGAGGAAGCAGGAGCAGAGGUAGCGGGAGCAGCAGGCUUGCUGGAAGGAGCGGCAGCACUAGGGAGAGGGUCUGUUUGAUUUCAUGUUAGCAAUGAAGACAGUUCAAUAGAGAUGUAGUUGGAUAACGUACUGUUACCACAGUAUCCUUUGAGGAAGCCGGGAAGAGCGCCAGCAUCGGGCUCGCAGCCUCUCUUGGCCAUACAAUCUUGAACGCCAUUAAUGAAGUCGGGGCUGCGGCAAAUGCAAGCAGCGUCGUCAGCGCUAUUACACUUGAGUGUCUUAAAGGUAUCUCGUGUACUAUUCUGGCAUAGAGCCUGUCAUAAACGGUCGUUAGUGUCAAUUCAUAGUUGCGUUACUUGCGUCGGCCACAUACAGCACAGUUGUUAUCAAAGGCAGCGCUCACGGCUCCGGAGAGCAUUAGAACAACGGUUGUGACCUUGAGUGUGUACAUAGUAGCAGCUUCUCUUUGUCAAGAAGGGUUGGUGAUAAAUAAUGUAAGACUGCUCGGUUGUCGUGGUCGUUGCUGAUGAAGAUGCGAACAACACCACUGACGUGGAAGAGUGUAGCGUGCAGAUCAACGUCGAUGGUGCAAAGUGGACAAGGUGGACAGGUGCCGGUAUAACACACACUUUAGCAGAGCCGCUCACUGCUAUGCACUGGCGCGGUGGGCGGGAGAAAAAGUCGUGUGUCGGGUGAGACAAUCGAUCGUCCAGCUGUCUUGAGCGCGCAAGAGAGAGAGCGAAGUGGUUGAGACGAAAGGGAAAUGAGAUCGCAGCGGCGAAACAGGGCAGCAGGUGCUCGGAAUGAAAAAACCAGCCUCACAAGGGAAGCAGAGCGUUUUGGCUGUUGGUAUGGAAUGAGCGGAGCGAGACAAAGGGCGAGGUAGGAAAUUUAGCGCCGGGCCUCUUGUUUUAGUAUGUUGGUAUUGUUGGAAAAACUGUGAGAGAGUGACAGUAAGGAAAGUUGAGUCGAUGAUUCGAAAAGGAAAGUA